AUCGCGGUCGGCGCCACCCCGCUCAGCGCGCUGGAGCGCCCGGGCGACGCGGCCGCAGGCAGCGCGCCGCGGGCGCCGGCGGAGCCGCCGGCGGAACCGCCAGCGGAGCUGCGCGGUGGCGCGGCCUCCGCGCCGCCGGAUGUCGACGCCGACGCCGCUGCGAGCGCCGACGCGCCUCCCCCGGACGCCGGCGCCUGGCAGCAGGUGACGUGCGAGGUUCCAAAGCACCCGCAGCUCGACUCAGUCGGCGAGUCCUCGCGGCACGACCCGCCGCAGUUCCUGGUGAAGGUGCCCAAGCCCUACCCUGGCAUCCAGUACAGGGGCUCCAAGAGCCUGGACGACAAGCUCCAGCA